CCCGUUUUUGUAGGUUUAUUGUAUGAAGCGAAAGGGUUUGAGAAGGAAGCGUUGAAGUGUUACGAGAAGGCGCUGUACAUUGAGCCAAAUCAUGUACCGAGUUUAAUAUCAACAGCUGUUGUUCUGAGUCAACUCGGUGAUAAAUCAAUGCCGGUGGCGAAAAGUUUUCUGACCGAUGCAUUGAGGCUUGAACGAACUAAUGCGGUAGCGUGGUACAAUCUUGGUUUGGUGUACAAGAGUGAGAGCGGUGUUGAGGCGGCAGAGUGUUUCGAGGCAGCGGCUCUCCUCCAAGAAUCUGAGCCAAUUGAACCUUUCAGAUGAUGAUAUUAUAUACUCUGUAAUAUAUAUAUAUA